AGGGGACCCAAGAACCCUAAAAACACAAUUUACUGCUAAAUGUCCUUCCUCCGGGCCGACGAUGCGGAGUGGAUGCGCGAGCUGCCCGCGAUCCCAAAGGCGCCGGCGGCCGCCACGACUCGAUGCUUCGCGAGGCGCGGCAAAGUGAUUCGGCUGGAUGACCUCGUUGUGGACAACGAUAAGGAGAAGCGGCAGAAGGAGCAAAAGAAGAAGCGGCGAGAUGAGAGUAGCGAGAGCUCGGAUGAUGACGACGAUGCCGCGACCGAGAGCCAGAAGAAGCUCGCGGCGCUCAUCAAGAAAUGCUCCGACGAGCUAGGAGAUGAAUCCAGCAUGAGAGAUGCUCCAAAGUGGGGAGAGCAAGUUUUUGGAGCUCAGGAUCUUCCAGUGAGUCGUCUCGAGCUGGAGUCUAUCCAAUGGCUAUCACUGGCCUCAAGGACUUCGCGUAGGGACCAAGCUAGCGAGGACGACGGGGAAGAGUUUGUGCUGGAUCUCCUUACCGGACAGUGGAUGUUGCCGCUCUUUCUUCACGGAAAGAGCGGCAACAUCUCUUCUGCUCUUCUGCCAUACAUCUUUGACAAAAUGGCGUACUCUUCGAAUACGCGCAUCCAGCAAGCAGCCUGCUCACUGCUUUGCGAAUACUUUCGUAAGCACGGCGGUGAACUAGACUGGCACCCAGAUUUUGUUCGGGUUCUUCGUUGUUAUGGCUAUCAAGACGCUACUCCUCAGGCUUCAGAUCCCGCGGGAGCAAUUGGACCACCUACAAAUUUUUCAUAUGUUCUAGAGUUCUUGGCGGUUUUGUCUCGAUCAAGUUUCUUGCAGAAGUCGGAACCUGAGAAUUAUAUUUUCAUCUUGGCACGGUGUUUGCUGGAUAGGAAGCUCCUUCCUUUUUUCUCCUCGAUCCAAGACUGCAUCGCGCUUCUUGUCAACUACUUAACCGAGGAUGAGUGGACGUUUUGCCUACCGAGGCUCGCACACUCGCUUGCAAGAGUUAGCAAAGAGCUUGUUAACGUCCUCCACGUAACCAGAAAGCUACGGGGUGCUCGCAAACGGAUACAGCAGCUUCGAAGGGAAAUAUCCUUCGAGCUCUUGUCAAUGACAAACAAUGAGCUUGAAAGGCAGCCAAAACAGGUGAUCUUCGCACUGGAAGGCUACGAUCUAAAAGACAGUGUGGAUUUCGUCCAGCUCUAUUACCAUAUGGAGUUGGUUGAUAUGUGGCUGAGGUAUGAUCCAUCAUUUAAGUCCGACGAGGAAGCCUUUAGCACUUGGAUGUCUCUUUUGAGAGGCUUUUCCUUGCGGAUCUUUUGUGGAGACUAUCGAACUUUCGCCAACAAGGUCCGAAAUCGAGCAGCAUUCCUCGUUUCAAUCUAUUCGGAGAAAUCAAGUUCUACUUCGUGAUUUAAAUCGGUGAUCUCCACUAGAGAAGAAUUCAUUUUUGUGGAGCUAUCACGCGGAGAAGUAAAUCUCCACGUUUUUGUGAAUGCUUCAAAAUUUGAAGAAACUCCUUGAGUGUAUCCUCUCUUUUUUUUU